CCGACGAAGAUUCUCUAUCUCCAGAUGGUACAUUCGAAAGGGAGAAAUAGAUCUUAAGAAAGCUUAAAACAUGGAGACUUUGAACUUUCUUUAAACUCCCACGCUAAGAAGAUCUGUUUUCAUCUCAGAAGCAGAGGAAAAUGUGUAGUAACAUAAGCAGUGGAAGCUAUGGAGGAGACAGAGACUUCUUACAACGAGAUGAUUACUUUGGUUCUUGUCCGAAAAAACAGAAGAAAGAUAAAGUACGACGAAGAGGACCUGGUGUCGCCGAACUCGAGAAGAUCCGUUUAGAAGAAGAGAACAAAUCUCCUUCUCUUGUAACUCCGCAUUCUUCUUCUUUAUCAUUACCAAGAACCGAUCACACUCUCUUUUUUCCUCCUCCUCCUCCUCCACAGCUUCCUUUGCCGUCCUCUUACACCACUAAUCAUAUUUUCCGGUCACCGGCGACGGUGAUGCCUCAUAACUUUGAUUUGCCGUUGUCGUCUUACCUCUCGAACGGAUCUUUCCCUAUGGAUAUGAUUCCUCCAGUGCCGUUUUUGCAUAGGAAGCAGAAUUAUCCGAAUCAUCAGACAAUGAAUCUUGCGAACCCAUCUCCAGGACCAGGAAGAUUAUACCAGUUCAUAGAGCCCCCUUCAAACCAAAGAUCUUGCGUCGAUAAUGUCUCUCAGAUUCUUCAGGAAGAAGAAAAGGUUGUCAUGAGUGCGAAGAGGCCGUGGCAUUUUCUCGCAGACACCACCACGAAAGCUAGCGUUGGACCAAUCUCAAGGGAGUUGAAACAUAACCGGUCGUUGGAUAUGAGAUUGAUAAGUACGGUCCAAGAUUCCGGUACAAUGAUUUGCAACCCUAUCUCCAUUGAUUCACCUACCUCCAUUACGCGUGAUUUUAACGUACAGUAUGAACAACAGCAACCAGAGCAAGACUUUGAUGAGAACAUGCAAUGGAGAAGUAAGAAGACUUUCUAUAGCUUCAUACCCUCUAAUGAUCAGAGCAAUAUUGGACGAGAAUACCGAGCCUGUGAGCCACAUGAAUCUGCCGCUGAUCAUGGCAUCGAUCUCAGCCUUAAGUUAUAAAAAUUUUUGCAAGAUACAAAAAAAUCACUAGGUUAUCUGUCUUAUGUAACUUCUGAUAUAUUAAUUAAAUUCCAUGCAACUAGAUUAGUUUGUGCUUCAUCAAUUUGCAGAAGACUAAUCAAGACUUAUUAA